ACCUCGUGUCGCCAGGCUCCCCGCUCCCGCAGCGUCCCUCUGCUGCGCGGGCAGCCCUUGCAGCGCGCGUCUCCAGUGCCGUUCCCCUUGCUGCCACGCGCGGGGCCGCGGCGGCGGGAGAAGGGACCCCGCGAAGCCAAGCACCUGAUUCUCCCUGUGGGGCUGCAGCGGCGGAGAGGCGCUGCUGGCCAGACGAAGGGAUCAGCAGGUCGAGGAAGGUGGAGGCUCCGGGAACCGUGUUCUGCCCAGCAGUACCUGCUGCUCAGCCCUGGUUGCCCUGAAUAGCUUGCUGGUCACAGCAAGAAGAAAGAAGCAAACAUGAGGAGUUCACAGCACCGCUAUUUACAAUUCCUGACAGGCCAGGUUAUACAAGUUACAGUACUCCUGGGACUGAUGAUGCUCCUAAGUGGCAGUGUGCAAGCUGGAGGAAAAUCAUAUACAGGACCAUGUGCAGGAAGAGACUGCAGUGGAGGUUGUGAAUGCUUCCCAGAAAAAGGAGCUCGUGGCCAGCCAGGGCAACUGGGGCAGUUGGGACCCCCUGGCCCACCUGGAUUGGAAGGUAUCCCAGGACUGUCAGGUCAGAAAGGAGACAAAGGUGAAAGAGGCCAACCAGGAAUAACUGGACCAAAGGGAGAAGUGGGACAGAGAGGGGUUACUGGGUUUGCUGGUGUAGAUGGUGUACCUGGUCAUCCAGGCCAAGGAGGAUCAAGGGGGAAACCAGGCCAUGAUGGCUGUAAUGGGACCAAGGGAGAUCCUGGUCAGCAGGGAGGCCAGGGGGUCCAAGGCUUGCCUGGUUUCUCAGGAAUCCAAGGACCCAAAGGUCAGAAAGGAGAGCCUUUUGUGCUGGCUCCAGAAUUAAUCAUAUCUUUUAGGGGAAAUCCUGGUGAUUCUGGCUUGGUGGGCUUCCCUGGACCUCAAGGUGCCCCUGGUUUGGUGGGUGUGUUUGGUCCAGUUGGAAACCCAGGUCUACCUGGGCCUGCGGGUCCACCAGGAUCUCAGGGACUUAAAGGCAACAGAGGUCUUGGCUUUUAUGGAGAAAAGGGUGAGAAGGGUGAUAUUGGUCCUCCUGGCCCCCCUGGACUUCCAUCAACUCGAGAACUGGUCAUUUCAACUGAUGCAAUUUCAAGUGAAUAUAAGGGCAUGAAAGGAACAAAAGGAAUGAGGGGAGAAAAUGGAAUUCCGGGUUUUCAUGCACCUUUUGCAGAAAAGGGAGAAGAAGGAGUGCCCGGCUUUGCAGGACAAAGAGGUUUACCAGGAAUCAAUGGUCUAAAAGGAGCUGAAGGGGAUGCAGGUAUCUCAGGCCAUGAUGGCAUCCCUGGUAUCCCUGGUCAAAAAGGAAUACAGGGAGAGCCAGGAGAUAGAGGUGUUCAAGGACCACCAGUUUAUGCACAUCGCCCCACACUAAUAAAAGGUGCAAGAGGUGACUGGGGAAUCCCUGGUGUUCCUGGGCCUGAGGGAGACAGGGGUGAGCAAGGCAGUCCUGGCCUACCUGGUCUUCAAGGAUCAUCUGAUGAUGCCUCUUCAAGAAGAGGUUUACCUGGAGAAAUGGGGCCCAAGGGCUCUGCUGGUGACCCAGGACACCCAGCUAUUCAUCCAGGUGCCCCUGGUUUAGAUGGUGAGCCUGGAUCACCUGGCUUGCCUGGCUUGCCUGGCCCCCCAGGAACUCCAGAUUAUAUUGUUGGGGUGAAGGGGCUCCCCGGGCUACCUGGUGCUCUGGGCAUUCAAGGUUAUCCAGGGCAGCGAGGACUAAAGGGAAUGAAAGGUGAGGCAGGAGAUUGUAAAUGUGCUGAUAGUACUGAAGGGAAAAGGGGUCCUGCCGGGCCACCUGGUCCACCAGGUUUUCCAGGUGCUGUGGGACAGCCUGGAAGAAAAGGCGAAACUGGAGAUCAAGGCCAACAUGGAGUUCCUGGUUUUCUUGGUGCAAAAGGAUUUCCUGGUGUUCCUGGGCCUCCUGGACAUAAAGGGAUAAAAGGCGAUUCCCGAUAUGUUACAACAAAAGGUGCCAAAGGAGAUCAAGGAAUUCCUGGAAUUCCUGGAGCUAAAGGAGAAGAUGGUUUACCAGGCAGAGAUGGCAAAGAUGGUUUACCAGGAUUUCCUGGGGUUCGGGGUGAUGGUAUAAGAGGUGGAAUAGGGGAUGUUGGUGAACCAGGUCCACCAGGCCUGAAGGGCUUUCCAGGUGAAACUGGUCAUCCUGGUAUUGGUUUGCCAGGCCCCAAAGGAUAUCGUGGCAUUCCAGGUAAUCCUGGAAAAUACGGAAAGCCUGGUUUACAAGGUCCUCCAGGCCCUCCAGGUGCUUCUGCUGAAAUAGAAUGUGGACAAAGAGUGGCAGACUUCAUUACAGAUAACAGAACUGGACUAAUUCAGUCAGGGACUGACUGCAUUAAAUUAAUAAACGGAGGUUCAGGUAACCCAGGUCUGCCAGGACCAAGAGGUGCAAAAGGUGCAAAAGGUUUUCCAGGUGAACCAGGUCUUCAUGGAUCAAAGGGACUAAUGGGCCCUCAAGGGAAUCAAGGACAUGAGAGUUUAGCAGGCCCACCAGGAUUUCCUGGACCCAGAGGAAGCAGAGGUGCACCAGGAUUGCUUGGGGAACAGGGUUUUCCAGGCAGUCCUGGUUUGCCAGGUUUUCCAGGACUUCCAGGGGCAAAAGGAAUUACAGGUGAUAGACUAGGAGCACCAGCAGGCCCUCAAGGGGAUGGUGGACCACCUGGACUUCCAGGAUCAAAAGGCCUUCAAGGGGAUGUAGGCAUACCAGGAUUUAGAGGCAGCUACGGCAUUCCAGGUCUACCUGGAGCUAAAGGACCACAAGGAUCUUCUGGGCCUGUUGGUUUGACUGGUAUGCCAGGACCACAAGGAUCAUUUGGAUUCCCUGGACUGCCAGGCCAGCAAGGACCCAUGGGCAGACCAGGUUCACAAGGGUUUGUGGGCCCACCUGGCUCCAGAGGUGAUUCAGGAGAUCCAGGAAAACCUGGUCCCAUGGGUGUGAAAGGCCUACCUGGUGAAAAAGGUGAACCCGGUCUUUUUGGAGAUAAAGGCAAAGUUGGUUUCACUGGUCUUCCUGGAAUAGAUGGAAUGCCUGGUCUCCCAGGCCUGAAAGGUGAUAAAGGCUCUCCUGGUAUUGGAGGUUUCAAAGGUGCUAUUGGCAUCAAAGGUUGGCCAGGAUGGCUGGGAGUCAAGGGAGAGAGAGGCCUCCCUGGCAGACAAGGUCUUCAAGGUGUGCCUGGUGAUCUGGGACAGAAAGGUGACCGUGGAAAACGUGGCCCAGCAGGAGCACCCCCUAAAAUCAUGCCAUACAUGCUGCUGGAGGUAAAAGGGGAAAAGGGAGACGAAGGCGAACCUGGUGUCAAAGGGCAUCCUGGUUUCAAAGGUGAUAAAGGGUCACUGGGCUUUCCUGGCCAGUCAGGAAGGCCAGGUUUACCUGGGUUGCAAGCAUAUGAAAAAGGUCAGAAAGGAAACCUUGGGAUUAAAGGUAUAAGAGGCAUUCCAGGAUAUGCUGGUGUCCCAGGAGCUCAUGGUAUCCCUGGCUUCCCUGGAACCACAGGACAGAGGGGAGACAAAGGCAUUUCAGGGAUUCCUGGUAUAUUUGGUGGAAGGGGCCAGUCAGGAGAAGUUGGCAGUAGUGGUGACGUUAUAAAUUUGCCAGGAAAACCUGGUUCUAAAGGGAAUGCUGGCAUGACUGGACUCACAGGGUGGAAAGGAGCCAUAGGUGAAAAGGGUAUACCCGGUGAUCCUGGUUUUUCUGGCAUUGAAGGCAUGAAAGGAUCUCAAGGCUCCGCUGGUUUAAGAGGGCAAGCAGGUAAUAUUUCCUUUUUUAAAACUUAUCUCUUAUUGUAAUAUCUGUAGCAAAGAAGGCAAAUGAUAUAUGCUUAUGAGCAUGCUAUAAAAUUAGAAAACUUAAAAUUCCCAAAUGUGUAUUAUUCUUAAAAUGAAUAAUGCAAAUAAUAUUUACUUUUCCACAUUUAGUGAAUACAAGUAUGGUAAUUGUCAGUAAGUGAAAAUUUUGGUGUUGUCUAGGGGCUUUAGAUCACUCAGAUUUUUCAGAGCUGGGUAUUUGUACUUAGGUCCUUCCACCAUGCAGCCAACACAAAAUGAGUCAUACCAGCUGCUUCUCCAAGAUCACAAAAGGUCUCCAAAAGUGACCUUGGAGAAGGGGUUUAGGAGCA